AUGGUGCCCUCGGUCUCAGCCGUUGGCGUGUUCUCCGGAGUGACAUGCGGCGCGCCGCGCCUGGCCAGCCUUAACAACACGCACCUUAACAAGACGCACACCAUCACCUGGGAGGAGUUCAAGAAGAAGCAGGAGGAGCCGGAGGCAUGCGACUGCGGCUCUGGAGUGUGGCAACGGUGGUGCGGGAAGCGGGAGCGCAAGGCGGCGACGGCGAGGGCAGUCCUGCACGGCAGAAGAGCAGCAACGACGAGGGCAGUGUUGCACGGCAGAAGAGCAGCGACGGUGAGGGGAAUGCCUCAAUGCAUGGAUCAGUUUGGUCCUUACUUGGGAGAUGCUGAAUGUCACUGGUACCUUUCAAAGUUAUCUUGCUUCUUCAACUAUUAA